UUAGUCGGUAGACAGCUGCGGCCGUUGCUGUACCGACUGAGCUGCCCCGGCUCCCUUGUCAUCAAAUACGGAUUUCCAUUUGAAAUGACAUCUGGCGGAUGAGGAUGCAAGAAGAUUAUGGCAAGAAAGUGACGUUUCUGUUUAAAUUCUGCUUUCUCGGCAUACUUCUACUGAUAUUGACACAACGAUACUGACCGAUACUGACGGUAACAUAUUUAUAAAGAUAUAUGUGGCCUAGUUCAUUGCUGUGAAGGUAACCGGGAUGCCAGUUGAUAUAAACAGACUGACAGAAGGAUGGCUCGAACUGGAAAGUGACCCAGGAUUAUUUACACUGCUGCUGGAAGAUUUUGGAGUGAAAGGUGUACAGGUGGAAGAAAUUUAUGAUCUCCAAAAGUCUCUUGAAGGUCCAGUGUAUGGGUUCAUUUUUUUGUUCCGCUGGAUUGAGGAAAGACGUUCUCGAAGGAAGAUUGUGGACCAGAGUGAAAGUUUUGUUAAGGAUGAAGAGGUUGUCAAUAAUAUAUUUUUUGCUCAACAGAUGGUUCCAAACAGCUGUGCAACACAUGCCUUGCUGUCUGUACUCCUGAACUGCCCUAAUAUUCAUCUUGGCGCUACAUUGAGCCGGCUGAAAGCUCAUACAUCUGGCAUGUGUCCUGAAAACAAGGGAUGGGCUAUAGGGAACACACCAGAGUUAGCUAAGGCCCACAACUCUCAUGCAAUGCCACAAGCAAAGCGCCGUCUUGACAAGUCGACUGGUGUGAGUACAGGUCGUUACACAGGUGAAGCAUUUCAUUUUGUCAGCUAUGUACCCAUUCGUGGCAGACUGUUUGAACUUGAUGGUUUGAAACCAUUUCCAAUGGACCAUGGACCUUGGGGUGAGAAGGAAGACUGGACAGAAAAGUUCCGUCGUGUAAUUACAGACAGGCUGGGCAUUGCGACUGGGGAGCAAUAUCAUGAUAUUCGAUUCAAUCUGAUGGCUGUUGUUCCAGAUAGAAGACUUGCACUGACCCACAAGCUGAAGAUGUUAAAAACUAAUAGACAAAUAGUGUUGGAAGCCCUACAGCAACUUGUAAAGCUAACUCACCCAGAACUGACCAAUGGCAAAGAUGAUAUGGAAAAUGGUGAUGAUAAAAAAGAAUUAGAUGAUGGUCAUUCUAGUUCCAUCAGUGAAAAUACAAAAAAAGAACCUCAGAAGAAUGGUGAAAGUGAGAAAAUUAAAUUGAAUGGAACACAUCCAUCCACUCCGGAUGCAAACAGCCCAAAGAAUUCUGCAUCCACUAACUCAGAAGGAAGAAACAAAGACUCUUCCCUCAUUGAUUCAGAUUCGUACUUGACUCCAAAUCCAGUUUUGGAAACUCACAAUUAUGCCAAAAUCCCACUUAUAGCACCAGCAGAUUCUAAUAACACUUCAUUAGCCAAGGCAACAAGUUCUGAGAACAGAAAUGUGGAGGAUCUGCAAGAAAAACCAGUGGUGGCAGUGGCUGCAGCAACAGCAGCAGCAUCGGGUGCAACGCUGUGUCCUCCCGACUACUCCACUCCUCUUACUAUACAGACAUCUCCAGCUCCUAGCAGUUCUAGUACUGAUACUUCAUCGGAAGUGGGUUCCGCAUUCAAUUCUCCAACUCAGGGUUGGGGCUGGAAUUCUGGACAGAGCAGUCCCACAUCAAGCAAAGACUUCAAGAAGUUAGUUGUCAUUCGCAUGGCAGGAGCAGGGGCUGCUGCUGCAGGUGUAACUGCAGGGACAGGCCAUGUCGAGGACAAGGUUGACUCACCCACAGGGCGCAGCUUGUCUGGUUUGAAUGCCAGCUGCAAACGUGUGUGUACAGAUGUUGUAAGUGCUACAAAGAAAGUAUGUUUGGAAGGUGGACAACGUGUAUGGGAGAAAGAGGCAGAGAGAGCUGAGGAGCAGAUGUCGAGUCCAAUUUCAGUUGACACAGGAUCUGCUGCCACAAACCAUAAGAAAGUGGACACCAAACUGUGUUCAAAAUAUCCUGAACUUUUUGAGCCCCACACAUUUGCCCCAAAGGAUUUGUUGGCCCUGCUGAAAAAUCUUGAAAAUGAGAUUAGUGUCUGUGAAGUGAAUUUGCGUGAUGAAAAUGACAAACGUAAAAAAUAUAAGAUUGAUGAUUGUCGAAGAACACACAAUUAUGACGAGUUUAUCUGCACAUUCCUGUCUAUGCUGGCACAGCAGGGCAAAUUGGCAGAUCUUGUGCAGCAGCAUCUUGUGCAGCACAAGAAACCAGGACUUCCUCUUCCCAGAGUACAGAGACCAGCAAAGAAACCUGAACCAAGACCCAGUUCUUCACGCCGUCGUCGUGGUCGCACCAAAUACAGGAAACGCAAAUAAUUUUGACUCGUCUUGGUGGUGUGAGGAUAAUUCACAUGGCGUGGAUCAUCUUAUGUUGCAUCAUCCAGGAGGAGUGUUCAUGAAUUCCCUUCUUGAUUGAUUCAUUUGCUUGUAUUUAUUCUUGCAUGUAGCUUCUCAGUUGGUCCAAACUGUGUAAAGAAAGAGUACUUUGUUCUGGGAUGUGACAGUAUGUAGUCCAUUAGUUACAUCCCAGAAAAUGGUAUUCUUCAUGGUGAGUGCUGUGAGACUCUCAAUUCCAGUUAAGGGUAUUUUCUGUAGUUUUCCUUGAGGGAGCCAGAAGUUUCAUAGUUAAUGAAAAAUGAAAGAGUUCGUUAUAUGGGCUCAUAGGUAUCAUAUUUAUUCUUCACUCAUUUCAACCUGUUAAGCAUGAUCAGAAAGUUGUGUAAGUAUAAAAUGUAUGUUGAAAUGAAAGAGAGAAUUGUGUUGACAUGAAAACAUUUCCAGCCAUUCCCAGGAAACACAGAAAGCUUCCAUGUUCUGGGUAAAAUAGGAUUGUACUUGUCUAUAAUAUUGGCUGAUGAAUGAAAAGUUAGCAUUUAAACUGAGGACAAACUUUAAUUGCUGAACCAUCUUGUGAGAUUUGAGGUUCUUGUGACCAUGUCUAUGAAGAUACUAUCUGGUGGAAUGUGAUGCUAUGUAGUUUUGUUAUUAAGUACCCAAAUUUCAGAGGAACCUUCCUCCAUCUUCAUGGGGAGAAACAGUUAAGAGAUGGGGACAAGGAUCUGGUCUAAGAGCAAGCUAGUGGGAAUUUAAUUGAAAUGUAUAGCCCUUAAAAGGGCUGGACAGGAAGAUAGGAAGGAGGGUAAAAGGUGACAUGUAAGGAAGGUGAGAGAAGUUAUUCACAUAAAAGUGAAUGGUUUAUAAUGCAUGUGGCAUUAUACACAAAAAUUAUGGACAGUGCUGUAAUUUAGCAGAGAACAUUCUUUCUUUUUUAGAAUUUAAUUGAAUUUAGAAUUGCAAAUAGAAAAAAAAAUAAUGGAAGUAUUUAUUUGUUGAAGUUGACAGUAUGAGAUUGUCAUUUACCGCAUUCAUUAAUUUCGUGCGAAUAGUGAGAUAGUCCUUAAAACUUAUGGGGAAGGGGGUUGGUUGUCUAGUUGUGGUGUGAAGGUGUACUUCAGGAAUUCUUAUGUUUUUUAUUGCUAUUGGGGUGGGACUAAGUCCCUUGUACUGAGGCCACUUCUGGCGUAUUGUACCAG